AAGAAAUAGAAUGAGCAACUGUCAAACUGGUUGUGAGCAUUCGACAGUCGUUUGCUCGUUGUAUGUUUACACAGUCACAGUCACAUUCCCAAUGACCAUACACAAAUGAAAAAAUACACGAAUAUUGUCAUUGGUUUUGUUGUAUUUUGAUUAUUUGCACCGAUUAUUUUCAUGAGCUCGCAUAAAUUUCUAUAAAUUUUUUCGGUGGUGAUUGUGUGCACGAGCAAUUUUUUCUCCUUAAUUUCCUGUGUGUGUGAGAAAGAAAGAGAAAGCAGUGCAAAAGAAACUCGGACAAAUGCGGAAAAUAUGUGUUAUUUUAAAGUAGUUAAUCAAUUAGAAUCGAAUGGUUUGAAAGUGUGAAUGAAGUUUGAAGUAUUUGCAUGACUUGAGGCAAGCAGCCGACGAUAUGUUUUCCUAAAUCAGUUGUUGCGAUACCGUAAACUGAAACGGUUUGACAAAAUCUGUAUGAAAUACACGAGCAUUCAGGUUUUCCUGAUUCUCUUUUGCUGAACGAAAAAAAAAGACUUUGAAUAAAUUAGUGCGGUACUUUCAAGUUUUCGGUACAGUUCUGAAUUCACACAACGACAAAUAGAGAGAGAAAGAGAGAGAGCGAAAAAAAGAACUUGUUUUCAAGUCAAUGAAAUAUAUAUAGAGUGUUUCGUACGGAAAAUACAGACAGUAACACAAAAAACGAGAGAUUAAAUGCUGAUUCGACAAUCGGAUUUUCUGCACUAGCUAAUUAAUGUACGAAAUACCCGAGAACAAAAGUAACGGUUUUGAUAAUUAAAUUAUGAUUAAUGGGUUGUAUAUACGAGUAAAAAUGUCGACCGUUCGCUUGAUGAUCAUAUUUGUUUCAAUUGGUGUUGUACAAAAUUCAGUGAUUCGACAGGAAGGUGAACAAGCGCAGAGUUUAUACGAUAGUAAUGACAAAGUUUUCGUAUUGACUCAUGACAAUUUUUAUCAGUCGGUUUUCGAGCAACCAUAUGCUAGCAAUGUCGAGUUCUACAAUUCAUUUUGUGGAUUUUGUCGCAAUUUCGCACCGAUGUACAAAGCGUGGGCUGAAGAUGUGUAUGGUUGGAGAGACGUAGUGAGAAUAUCGGCCAUCGAUUGUGCAGAUGAUGCCAACAAUGAUGUUUGCCGUGAUAUGGAAAUCAUGCGAUAUCCAACGCUCAAGUUUUUUCCACCAUUCUAUCGAAACGAAACCAAUAAUUUGGGCAUUGAAGUUCAACACGCACCCAUGACUGUGGGCGAACCACAUUUGAUCGAAUUGUUGGCAAACAUAACGAACGCACCAAGUUCGUGGCCAAAUUUGAAACCAAUUGAUUCACCAUCGCCAGCAACGUUCUUUGAUAGUCUGCCAACCGAUGUGGAGUAUGUUUUCAUAGUGUGGCAUCCGAAAAAUGAUUCGAUUGUGGCACAGAAAGUUGCGCUAGAUUUGAAACACACAAACGGUGUACAAAUCCGUCAAAUUGCUCCAUCAGACGCAUUCAAAUUCGGCUUGAAUGUGCCGUCGGCUGUUUACGUUGGCUCGAAAAGUUCGAACGACAUACAAUUGGUGAAGCAUUUACCUGAAUUGGAUCGUGCAACAGUGAGAUCGACCGUCGAAGAGUAUUUGAAAUCCAAAGGAGUGCAUAUCAAAGUUGGUCAAAACAUACCAAGCCUUUCACCACGGGCUGGAAGUGCACCAACCAGUGAAGUUAAUGAAAAAGACUUGGCCAUUAUUGAGUAUGUGAAAGCGCACGAGGGCACCGUUUACCAAUCGGACUUAGAGUCCGCCAUACGGUUUUCAAUUUUCCACGAAUUGGUGAAGUACAACAACAUGAAUGACGAACAAAUUACGGCGCUGAAACGCUUUUUAUCGGUUCUUCAAAAAUAUUCGCCGUUGGGUGACAAUGGGCAGCGCUUCCUUACCGAAUUGAAUGUGUACGUUAACAGCGAGACAGUUCGAUUUAAUGGUAAAAUGUUGAGCGAUAAAAUGAAAGAGCUUGAAAAGAAGCAUCAUCCAUUGUUUUCAUCAUCGAAAUGGAUUGGAUGUAGGCCAUCGGUAGCUGGACGUCGGGGUUUUUCGUGUGGAUUGUGGCAACUGUUCCAUUAUUUGACGGUGCAAGCGACGAAUUCGGAUCGAUCCCAUGAUGCAUUAGAGGUGUUGCAGGCAAUUCACGGUUUUGUUAAGCACUACUUUGGGUGCACACACUGCAGCAAACACUUCCAGGAGAUGGCCGAACGCAAUGGCAUUUGGCGAGUUUCGUCAAAAGAAGAAGCCGUUCUGUGGCUAUGGACAGCGCACAAUGAAGUAAAUCAUCGACUGGCCGGUGAUCACACGGAAGACCCAGCAUUCCCGAAAAUCCAAUAUCCAUCGCGUGUAGGGUGUGCACAGUGUUAUCAACAAGUGAUACCAAUUCAGGGAGCUACACCAUCGACUUACACACCACACUGGGAAUCCAGUGAAGUUCUUUACUAUCUCCGCCGCGUUUAUUCGCUAGUCAAUCUAAGCCGUUAUGGUGUGGACGACGACAGUGUUCUACCGGAAAUGUUAACAAGUGUAUACAGCUCGAAAUUGCACAGCUCAACGAGUAGCGGUUAUUCGAGUGUAUUCUCUGAAAUGGACGUUCGCAUGGGCAUUCUAUUGUACGCAUUUUGUAUGCUCAUCAUUGUGAUUGCCGUGAAAUUGUUUCUGCAACGUGGCUACCGAAAAAAGGUCUAUACACACGAUUUUUUGGGAAAAAUCUAGAGUCAAACCUAUAUUCCUAUUGCGAUUGCCUCAAGCACCAGCACUACAAGACACAUAGAAUUCUAGUUGUACUAAUUAUUUCAAUUAUUUAUAUGUAAAUUACUAUAUCUCUCGGGUGACCACCACCACCAUCGCUGAUUGACAAGCUGUUUGUUGUUGUGUACAUAAUAUUUGAUUAAGUGAUUAGAAUAUGAUGGAUGAUCAAACAGCUGAUAUAUAUAUAUAUAUAUAUAUAUGAGAGACGGACGGACGGGGUCGUACGUUUUUUUAAGGAAUUUUCGUGAUAUGUGUACAUUUUUUUAUGCUCAUUAUUAGGAUGAUAACAAUUUGUACAGAUUCUUAAGUGAAAAAGAGAGAAAGAGGACAACACCUAUAAAAACCGAACAAUGACGUUGAAUAACCUUUCAUUUGCUGUAAUUGUUUUUUUCUGUUUUAAAAUCCGUAUUUAACUCGUUGCAGAUUUUUCUAUUCGAGUUCCAUGUAACAAAAAACCGUUGAUAUUAUGAUCCAGUUAGGAACAAUUUAACUCAUAACAGCUAUAGAACAAUUUUUCAAUUUAUAAACAAACAAAAAACCACAUAGCAAGACAAACAAAUGAAUAAAUUAAAGGAAAUGUGAAUAAAA